GCGCAAAGGCUGCUGGCACACCGGAGACCACGGAAAUCCUUCUUUGAGACGCUCAUCAGGAGCCUGAUCAUCUUGUGCGUGGCGAUAGCGGUGGUCUUGUCAUCCAUCUCUGUCUGCGAUGGCCGCUGGCUCUUCACGAGGGGGCAGCUCUUUGGACUGUGGCACUUCUGCACCGUUAGCAAUGGCAGCGUCCUGAAGUGUGUCACUGACCUCAGCCUGGCCAACGUGGAGGGGCUGAGCGUGGGGGUGAUUCCCAUAAGAAGCAUGGUGUCCUUUGCUGUUGUGGUUGCUAUAUUUGGCCUGGAGCUCCUGAUGGUGUCCCAAGUCUGCGAGGAUGCCAAUGCAAGACGGAAGUGGUCUGUGGGCUCGAUCCUCAUCCUCAGCUCAUUUUUGCUGUCGGCCACUGGGGUUCUGAGCUUCUCCAUCCUUGUCAAGGAUCACCUCACCUUCAUGGGCUUCACACUGACGUACUGGUGUGAGUUCGUUGCUGCCUUUCUCUUCUUCCUUAAUGGGAUCAGUGGACUUCACAUCAACAGCCUCACACAAGCCAGGAACAGCAUAGGCAAAAUCUAG